AUAGGCAUCAGUGUGCAGUGGACAGAACUAAGCAUUAGGAAGACAGCAACGACCAACAUCAGAACUCAGUUGUCCCAGAAGCUGGCAGCGGGCAUCAGCUCUCAGCCUGGAGAACAGAGAAGAUGGUCCUCUGUGUAGCUCUGGGGCUCUUGAUGGUGGUGAUCUGCCCUGCUGUCCUCUGCCAACAAGAUGGCAUACCGGGAAGUAACACCCAACUUCAGGUAGACCAAAUCAAUGGGACACGAGUAGACAGUCUAACUCUGGCCUCCAUCAACACUGACUUCGCCUUCAGCCUCUACAAGGAGCUGGCUUUGGAGAAUCCCGAUAAAAACAUCGUCUUCUCCCCACUCAGCAUCUCAGCUGCCUUGGCCCUCCUGUCCCUAGGAGCAAGCAACAACACCCUGCAAGAGAUUCUAGAAGGUAUCAAAUUCAAUCUCACAGAGACCCCUGAGGCAGACAUCCACCGGGGAUUUGGGCAGCUCCUCCUCAUGCUCAGUCAGCCACGGGACCAGGUGCAGAUCAGCACGGGCAGCGCCAUGUUUGUUGAAAAGCACCAGCAGAUCCUGGCAGAGUUCAAGGAAAAGACAAGAACACUGUAUCAAGCCGAGACCUCCAUGACUGACUUCCUGCAGCCUCAUAAAGCCAAAAAGCUCAUCAAUGACUAUGUAAGUAAACAGACCCAGGGGAAGAUCAAGGAACUGAUCUCAGGCCUGGAUAAGGACACAGUAAUGGUGCUGGUGAACUACAUCUACUUUAAAGGAAAAUGGAAGACGCCCUUUGACCCUGACGAUACUUCCGAGUCCAAAUUCUACUUGAACAACAAGAAGUCUGUGAAGGUGCCCAUGAUGAACAUUGAGGACCUGAUCACACCCUACUUCCGGGAUGAGGAGCUGUCCUGCACUGUGGUGGAGCUGAAGUACACAGGCAAUGCCAGCGCCCUGUUCAUCCUCCCUGAUGAGGGCAAAAUGCAGCAGGUGGAGGCCAGCCUGCAGCCAGAGACCCUGAGGAAGUGGAGGGACUCUCUGAGUUCCAGGAGGAUUGAUGAAUUCUACAUGCCCAAGUUCUCCAUCUCCACAGAUUAUAGCUUGGAGAAAAUCCUUCCACAGCUGGGUAUCAGGGAAGUCUUCUCUACACAGGCUGACCUGUCUGGGAUCACAGGGGCCAAGAACCUGAGAGUCUCUCAGGUGGUCCACAAGGCUGUGUUGGACGUGGCUGAGACAGGCACAGAAGCAGCGGCUGCCACAGGAGCGAAAAUCGUAUUUCUUUCUGCAAGAAUGAACACGUUUAUUUUGAGUUUAGACAGGCCAUUCCUGAUGAUUAUCCUUGACACAAAUACUCAAGUUGCCCUCUUUUUGGCCAAGAUCAUGAAUCCCAAGUGAGACUAGAGCUUCCCAAUUGGUGAUGCUUCCUCCUGGGAGCCAGGGAUUGAGCCUGUAUGUGGGUCACUACGUGCAUUUUGGCCUCUAAGCUCUGAUUGGCUAAGGUGUGCUUGGAUUGGACAGUGGCAGUGACUAACUGUAUGACUCGACCAUGCAAAGGGUCCUGUGGACAGACUGUGUCAGGUUCCGGUCCUCUUGGCAGCACUAGCUCAUGCUCCUGAGCCUGAACUCUGUCUCCCCCCCUCCCCCCUGCUGCUGUCUCUCCUCUAUGUGCAUCUGCCCAAAGCUUGGGCCCUGGCAGGUAGACUCAGUUCCUAUCUAGGCUUUGGUUAUGUCUGCCUUC